AUGCUUAUGAUCAUCGAUAACCUUCUGGACGGACAAGUUACGGAUCCACUCAAAGGCAAAGGAGUUGGAUCUCCCAGACCGCCGUCUAGUCAAGCACAUGACCCAGGGUUUUUCCCUUUUGAUCCUAAGCCUCCAUCCUCGACCAUCGCCGCACGGCUGAAAACUGCAAAGGGCCGCAAUGAAGCCACUAUUGCGAAGCUCGACAAACAGCCUAGCGACGAGGUCUCCGAGAAGGCUUGGUUGGAAACGCUUGAAGAAGUUCAGAAAGGCUGGAUUUUCGAAGAUACCGACCCGCAGCUUGACAAAGUUCUUGUGGCGCACCGUUUCGGUCUAAAGCAGGGUUCGAAAACUCGAGUCAUCGAUAAUUGCAAGUCCUGCUCUUUCAAUCUUACCACUGGUGUCCCGGAGAAAUACCGACUGCACGGAGUAGAGUUCAUAGCUGCCUUCCUGCUGCUUGCAAUGCGCGAUCCAAGAUCGCACGGGUGCAAGAUCCGUGGACGUACGCUCGACUUGACGGCAGCCUACAAACAGUAUGCUGUCCAUCGCUCCGACCGCGAUGUCCUUAGGAUAGGAGUGAAGGACCCGCAGCAGAAUCGCACUAGAGUUUACGGAGUAAACUCUCUUCCGUUUGGGGCCACAGGUUCAGUGCCUUCCUUCCUUCGAUGCGCUGCAGCCUUUUGGCUGCUCGGUGCCAAGGGGUUAGGUUUAGCCUGGACUAAUUAUUUCGAUGAUUACCCGAUGUUUGCAAAGGACGACUGUGCUGAAUCGGCAGACGAAGUAGCUGCCGAUUUCUUCGAUCUCCUUUCUGUCCUGUACGCCCGCGAAGGAAAGAAAGCCACUGCUUUCACUGAAAUCUUUAGGGCUCUCGGACUCUUGUUCGAUCUCAGCCGUUUCGGCGAGGGGGAGGUCACUAUCGGCCACACUCCUGAGCGACGUGAGGAGUUGAAGGCCACGAUAGAAGCCAUCCUAACCGCCGACUGCCUUUCGCACAGUGAGGCCGAAAGUUUGAGGGGCAGACUGCAUUGGUUCACAUCCUUUUUGUUUGGGCGCCGAUCGUCACAAGCCCUUAACGUGGUUUCCGAUUGGGUGAAUCGAGGAGCCACUCACGGCAGACUCUCUGACGACAUGAAGGAAGCGCUCACUUACUUGAAAGAUGUGGCCCUUACAGCCCCACCUUUAAAGAUUUCGCGUAGUCUACACAAGACGUUUUACAUUUUCACUGACGGCAGCCUUGAGAACCACACCGCUUGCAUCGGAGGCAUCUUGCACGAUGAUCGAGGCGAACCUCUCAGCUUCUUUUCGAUCGUGCUUGACAGUGCUGCGGUUAAAAGGUUGCACGAACAAUCAGAGCAUCCAAUAUAUGAAAUCGAACUGCUUGGAGUGUGGGCGGCCCUGUCAAUCUGGCAGGAGUGCAUCCAUGAUAGCUUCUGCGUUUGCUACUUGGAUAACGAAGCCGUCCGUGGAGCCUUAGUAGCGGCCAGAUCCUCCACCCUUAAGGGAGGAUUGAUCUUGGAAGACUGCUUGAAGCUGGAAGACUCAGCGCUCUGCAGGCCAUGGUUUGGCCGUGUGCCAACCCAUAGUAAUUGCGCAGACGACCCUAGCAGAGGGUCCUUCGAACACUUGACGGCAAAAGGGGUUCGUCGCGACUCCCUAGCUUCAUGCUGGCCCUUCUAG